AUGCGGCUGAGCUUGGGCUUCGGGAUCAAGUGGGAUGCCGCCGUGGGAGGAGGGGUAAAGCCGUUUAAAGCCAGUGGGACCCUCGCACGCUCGUUUUCCCAAGCUGCCAGCUCCCCACAGCCCUUCACUGCUUCCUUUGCCCGCAAGCAGCGUCUUUCGCCACUUUCGCACAAUUUCGCAUCGUCCCGAUUACAACCAAGGAGGCCUUACUCCAGCAGAAUCAUGUCUACCGAGGAACUCGACAAGCAGCCCCCGCAGGAGGUCAAGAAGUACCUCCAGCAGAGCCAUGACCGCAUUUUCGAGAGCAACAAGAAGUGGGCCGCCGAGCAAAAGGCUAAGAAUCCGGAUUUCUUCAGUCAUCUGAAUGCAGGACAGAGCCCCGAAUAUCUAUGGAUUGGCUGCUCUGAUUCCCGUAUCCCUGCCGAAGCCAUCACUGGCCUCGGGCCUGGCGAGAUGUUUAUCCACCGCAACAUUGCCAACCUCGUCUGCUCCACCGAUCUCAACGUCAUGUCCGUCGUCAACUAUGCCGUUCGUCAUUUGCACGUCAAACACAUUGUCGUCUGCGGACACUACGGCUGCGGUGGCGUCAAAGCCGCCAUGACUCCUCAAGACCUUGGUCUGCUGAAUCCCUGGCUUCGCAACAUCCGCGAUGUGUACCGACUGCACGAGGCUGAACUGGACGGCAUCAAGGAUGAGGAGGCCAAGUACAACAGAUUGGUGGAGCUCAACGUGGUGGAACAGGCCAGGAACGUCAUCAAGACCGCCGCUAUUCAGCAAAGCUAUGCCAAGAGUGGAUACCCCAUUGUACAUGGAUGGGUUUUUGGGUUCAAAGAUGGACUUUUGAAAGAUUUGGAAAUUGAUUUUGAAGGCCAGCUGAAGGACAUCCAGAAGAUUUACAACUUGACUUCGUAG